GACAGUUCGUUGCGGAGCGCAAGCAAAGGAAGCGAACCAACGGUUCAGCCCCUCUUCCCCGGGUAGCCCUAGAAGCGCGGGGAACUCAGGGCCCCCACAAACGGCCCGGAUGCCUGGCGACUCUGGCGGCCUCCUGCUGCCUGACCGGGAGGGAGGGAGGCAGGCAGAGCCGGAAAGGCAACGGGUGACCUUGGGGCCCUACCGCGAAACGUGGCAAGAGCCAAGAGAAAGCGAAAGGGCGCGUGGGGACGAAAUCCCCGGGCUGGAGCUAGGCUGACGCGCCCUAGACAGCAGCCGGGCAUCUGCCAGGGGGAGGUUUGCUCGGGCAUCGAGGAGGCUUUGAGAGUGCCGCGGUUUUGGUGGCGUGGAAAGAAUCAAACAUCCGCGGGACGAUGAGAAUAAGAAUAAUCGGUCCUACAGCAACGUUUAUCCCUGCUCCAAAAUCGGACGGAAUGGGGAUCACUCGCUAGGUGACUCGAGACCACUCGGGGUUUCCAGGCAAGGAACAGCCUCCGGUGGAAAACGAGCGCCCGAGCUCAGACUCCAGAGGAUUCGCACUUCGUCCACGCUCAGAGGGCUGGCUGUUGUUCGCCCGUCCGGGGUUCGAGGGCCUGUCUGGCCGGGUCGCCAGCGCUGCCUCUAGCCGGACCGAACUGAGCCUGGCAGGCAGCCGUCCUUCCUCCACUGCCGGCCCGGGAGGUGGACCGCUGGGCGGGGCUGGGCGCGGGCGUGGAAACCCUCCCGGGCGCUCCUGCCCAGCGCCACGCCUGUUUGAGCGCGUCUCCCGCCGCCGCCGCCGCCUGGGCUGCCCGGAGCCGUCGAGGUGUCCGUGGCCAUGGACGGGCAGGCGGCGAUGGCGCCCUACGAUUACAGCCUGAUCGUGGGGCCUCUGCAAGAACCCGCCAGCCCCAGGACGCCGCGCCUCGACUCCUCUGGCUGUGUGCCGCUCCACACCGGGCACCGGACCGCGGCGCAGAGGUACAACGCCCGGCUCUGUCAGGCCGGCCUGGAACCCGAGAGCAUGGCCGAUUACCUGAUCAGCGGCGGCACCGGCUACGUCCCCGAGGAUGGGCUGACGGCGCAGCAGCUCUUCGCCGUGGCGGACGGGCUCACCUACAAUGACUUCCUCAUCCUUCCUGGCUUCAUUGACUUCACGGCGGAUGAAGUGGAUCUGACCUCCGCCCUGACCCGGAAAAUCACCCUGAAGACCCCCCUUAUCUCCUCCCCUAUGGACACCGUCACUGAGUCAGAUAUGGCCAUUGCCAUGGCGCUGAUGGGGGGCAUUGGGAUCAUCCACCACAACUGCACCCCGGAGUUCCAGGCCAACGAAGUCCGCAAAGUCAAAUUUGAGCAAGGCUUCAUCACCGACCCGGUGGUCCUGAGCCCCAGCCACACCGUGGGGGACGUCUUCGAGGCCAAGAUCCGGCACGGCUUCUCGGGCAUCCCCGUCACUGAGACGGGCAAGAUGGAGAGCCAGCUGGUGGGGAUCGUGACCUCGAGGGACAUCGACUUCCUCUCUGAGAAGGAUUACAACACCCCUCUCAGUGAGGUCAUGACCAAGCGCAAUGACCUGGUGGUGGCCCCGGCAGGCGUCACCCUCAAAGAGGCCAAUGAGAUUCUGCAGCGGAGCAAGAAAGGCAAGCUGCCCAUCGUGAAUGAAGUGGAUGAGCUGGUGGCCAUCAUCGCCCGCACCGACCUGAAGAAGAACCGUGAUUACCCACUGGCCUCCAAGGACUCGCGCAAGCAGUUGCUGUGUGGGGCAGCCAUUGGCACCCGGGAGGACGACAAGUACCGGCUGGACCUGCUGGUGCAGGCCGGCGUGGACGUGGUGGUACUGGACUCAUCUCAGGGAAACUCCGUCUACCAAAUCAAUAUGGUUCAUUAUAUCAAGCACAAAUCUCCAGAGCUGCAGGUCAUCGGGGGCAAUGGAUGCACAGUGGUGACAGCUGCCCAGGCCAAGAACCUGAUCGAUGCUGGAGUGGAUGCCCUGCGUGUGGGCAUGGGCUGCGGCUCCAUCUGCAUCACGCAGGAAGAGCUGCCUGCUCUUCCCUGGCCACAGCCCGUGGCUCUCUGGAGCCGCCGGGGUGGCCGAGGGCUGGGCCGGACCCUCGGUGGGCCCUUCCUGCCUAUGACUCUCCCUCCCUCAGUGAUGGCAUGUGGCCGGCCUCAGGGCACCGCAGUCUACAAAGUGGCAGAAUAUGCCCGCCGGUUUGGGGUACCUGUGAUCGCGGAUGGUGGGAUCCAGACGGUGGGCCAUGUGGUCAAGGCCCUCUCGCUGGGGGCCUCCACAGUCAUGAUGGGCUCCUUGUUGGCGGCCACCACAGAGGCCCCCGGUGAGUAUUUCUUCUCCGACGGAGUGCGGCUGAAGAAGUAUCGGGGAAUGGGCUCCCUGGACGCCAUGGAGAAGAACCGCAGCAGCCAGAAACGCUACUUCAGCGAGGGGGACAAGGUGAAGGUGGCGCAGGGCGUUUCCGGCUCCAUCCAGGACAAGGGCUCCAUCCACAAGUUUGUGCCAUACCUGAUUGCUGGUAUCCAGCACGGCUGCCAGGACAUUGGCGCCAGAAGCCUCUCCGUUCUGCGCUCCAUGAUGUAUUCAGGGGAACUAAAGUUUGAGAAGAGGACAAUGUCAGCCCAGAUUGAGGGGGGAGUCCAUGGCCUCCACUCCUUUACGUUUCUGCCAUUUACGAGAAGCGGCUGUACUGAGGACAACUUCCAGAGCAGCGGCCUGUGACCGCUCCAGCCCCCCUGCCAGGGGCCACUGCUGAAGCCCACCAGUGCACCCACCUCUUCUCUUGCCCCUGGUUUGGCUGCGGCCCAAGACUUGCACUUUGGGCUGCCCUGCUGGCGACACAUCAGGCCUCUCGCCCGGCGCUGGGGCUGUCGCCGACUCCAUCUGGUGGGCAGAAUUGGGGCGGGGUGGGAUGGAUGCCCCUCUUGGGCUUUCCCCUAGUGCCUGGCCUCGUUUGCAGGUGGGGGCCUUGGCCGGUCUCCCCCUCCAGGGCCUCAAAGGUAUUGGCCUUGAAUAGCAGCCGGGGAGGAACUGCUGCCCUCCCGCUGGUGUGGGAAGGAAGGGGGUGGGCCCAGGUGGAAGGAGCUGCAAGGGACCAAAUCCAGCUGCAAAGGUUUGGCGGCAGCCUCUCUCCAAACCCUUCCGGCCAGCCCCUGGCCCUCUUGUGCUGGCUCUCCAGCUCCCACUGCAGCCGCCUCCGGGUGGGGAAGAGGAUCUUGGCUGUGGGGGGUGGGGGGCAGCUCUCACCGGCCCCACCUGGGAUUCCCUCCCAAUGCUGUAAUUUUUGCGCAUGCCAGGGCCCCACUUUGUGUCCUGUAUUAUUCGUAAAUAAAAGCAGCGGAGUGUCA